AUGGCUCCAAUUUCUCAUGCAAAACUGCCAGAAGCCUUCGUGUGGCCAGAAAGAGAACGGCCGGCCUUCGCGGCCGGCCAGCCUCUCAACGAGCCGGUGAUUGACCUUGCCGGCUUCCUCGCCGGUGAUGAGGCUUCGACUCAGCUUGCUGCCGAGCUAGUCUGCUCGGCUUGCCGGAAACACGGCUUCUUCCAGGUGAUCAACCAUGGAGUGGAUGCAGAACUCACAUCUGCCGCUCUUCAUCACAUGGAUGAGUUCUUCAGGCAGCCGCAGCACGAGAAGAAGAGAGUGAGGGGCUUCUCCGAUGGUCAUUCCCACCGUUUUGCUUCCAAAUUGCCCUGGAAGGAGACGCUCUCCUUCCCCUUCCAUGCCUCUGAUCCUAUGCUUGUGCUGGACCACUUCCAAGCCACCAUGGGCCAACAUUCUUUCUCAUCAGGGGUGGUAUUCAAGGAGUACUGUGAAUCGAUGACAGAGCUAUCAAUGAAGGUAUCAGAGCUGCUGGCCAUCAGUUUAGGACUGGAGAGGAUGAGUUUCAGAAGGUUCUUCGAAGACAGUUCGUCAAUAAUGAGAUGCAAUUAUUACCCUGCCUGUGAGAAGCCGGAGCUCACUCUGGGGACAGGGCCCCAUUGUGAUCCAACCUCCCUCACCAUUCUUCACCAAGACCAUGUUGGAGGGCUCGAGGUCUUUGCUGAUGGGAAAUGGCAUCUGGUCUCCCCUACAACUGGUGCUCUGGUCGUCAACAUUGGUGAUACUUUCAUGGCAUUGACGAAUGGGAAGUACAAGAGUUGCCUGCACCGGGCGGUGGUGAAGAAGGAGAGCGAGAGAAGGUCGCUGGCGUUCUUCCUCUGCCCCAGCAAGGAGAAGACGGUGAGGCCGCCGGAGGAGCUGGUGCGCAGGGACGGCCGGAGGAGGGCAUUCCCGGACUUCACCUGGGCAGCUCUCUUUGACUUCACCCAGAAGCACUACAGAGCGGACAUGAACACCCUCGACGCCUUCAGCUCAUGGAUCCUUAAUUAACUCCUGCUUCCGCCAGCAAAUAUAUUUCAUUUUAAUUCCAUAUUUCACCUUAAUAUGAUGUUGUAUAUCUAUAUUGAAAUGAUCAAAUUUCCCUUCAGUGGUCAUUAGAGAAACUCCAUCCCCUUCUCUCACUCUC